AUGUUCUCCAACAAACCCUCUGUGCCAACCUCUCUGGUGAUGAACAAUGCAAUGGUAUCAAGAUAUGCAUGCAUUAUGGAUAACCAAAUUUAUCCUUUUAAACAAACAAUUCAAAACUCCAUAAUCAUCAAUGAAUUAACUUUCAAUCACGAAUUAUUCAAAAAGAAAUUACAUCAGCAUGCAACCAUCUAUUUUAUGAACAUUAAUAAUAUUGUUCCGAAUGUUACCAGUAUUAUUUAUAUCAAUGAUAAAUAUUAUGGAACUUUGGAUAAAUUGAAUCAUGUGCUUCAAGUGGAAUUACUGCCAGCAACUUUGACUCGUAUGAUGAUUAAAGAGAUGAACACAUUAAUUUUUAACAAUACUUUUAAGGAAACUAAAGAAACUCAAUCCGAAAUACUUGAAAACUACAAGGACAAAUUAUUUGAGAACAUUAAUAUGGCCACUCUGAACAGUUACAUCAAAACAGGAAAAAUUCAACUAGAUUCCAACUCUCCAACCAUUUCGGAAUUGGACAAAUUUCUCGUGGAACAAGAAACCAAACGCAUCAAUGACACAAAAAAGGUUAAAUCUAUUUUACAGGUGCAGUUGAGCGAUUUAACAGACAGAUUAUCUUUUCAAACAAAGAACAUGAGUCCAGGAAGUGGAAAUAAUGACUCUCAACUCAUUGAAUGGGCAGAAAAACAAUACAAAUAUCUAGAGAGUGAUAUUAUGAACAAGUAUUUGAAUAUCUUGCAUUGUGUGAAUAUUUUAAAGUACUUCAAUCUGAAUAUUAUGAAUGCAAGUAGUGAAACUAAUUUAAAGCAGAUUGAACUUUUGUUUGAAUUAAUUCAAGACAAAUCUCUCGAUAAGGUUUCAGCUCAAGAGUUGAAAGACAAAAGAAAAGAAGUGAAUUACAUGAUUCAAGAGAGAAUUCAACUUUUGAAGAAAUUAAUCAACACUGAAAAUCCUGCAUCGACCACACGUGUAGCAGACUCUAAUACUUCCUCUACAAGUAAUGUCACAAAUUCUGCAAACAAGUCUAUAUAA